AUGAAUCAGGGCGCGUACUCGUCUAGCUCAAGCACCGAUAGGAAUAACGAUCCCUCACGUGCUAACGCGGGAGAUGUUGGCUCAGCACACGAGGGAUUCGAUUCGGAGAGCUGGAUCGCAACUCCUACCAGUUCUGCGCCUCCGAGUUACACCUCCGAUACAGAGUCAUUCAACGACGGCGCUUCCUUCGUCAGCGAUACCUCGACUCUCGCCGAGCCUGUAAAUCGUCCGCGUCCAGGCUUGUCAAGUUCGACUCUUGUCCAUCUGCGACCCCCGUCCGUCCCUAUCACGCCGUCUGUGCAGUCUGUGACACGGGAGUAUCCCGUUAUCCGAUACAUCUUCACGCCGACCUCUCCCAUCAGCAACUCGCUCACCCUCGUCCCACCUCCGGACAUGCCGGACACGGUGCCCAGAUUCCACAUUGCUGUGACCUCGAACGUCUUCAACCCACUCUCGCAUAUCACCACUGUGUACCGCGGAGAGACCCAGUUCGGUCAGUGGGUGGGCUCUUUCGAAAUGGGAAUAUCAAGUUUCUUGAGCCGCGUCCGCAUGCACAAACAGGAUGUCCCUAUAAUAAAGGUCCUGCAAAAGCGGGGAUCACGUACGAGCGCAGUUUGGACAUGGAAGCCCCUCUCGUCGCGAGUCAAUGGCGGAGUCCCGUGGAAAUGGCACUACCGUGCUAUACACGGGGGUGGUGUUUGCCGGUCGACCGAUGCUGAUGAGACCCUCCUGGCAACCUUUAUCCCAUCUCCGACAACAGCUCACUCUUACAGCCCCGCAGUCGUGCAAGUGAAUGCGCGCGGAGAAGAAACACCACUUCCAGCACUCCAGAUCACCCUCGCGGGACAGACGUUUUUCGAAGAUAUUUUAAUUUCCCUGCUUGUUAUUGAGAGAAAAAGGAUGCUUGAUCUAGCUGACCAGCACGCUAAGGUCAUCUUCAACUGA